GCACGGAGCUCGGAGGCGCUGGGCACAGGAGGGCGGACGGGCGGGGCCUCGGCCGUCCAGGGCUGCGAGCGAGCGGGCAUCGUGGCCGGAGGAGCCAUGCCGGGCUUCGACUACAAGUUCCUGGAGAAGCCGAAGCGGCGGCUGCUGUGCCCGCUGUGUGCCAAGGCCAUGCGGGAGCCCGUGCGCGUCUCCACCUGCGGGCACCGCUUCUGCGACACUUGCCUCCAGGAGUUCCUCAGGACUUUCCCCACCUCCCACUUUCUUCCUCCGCCUGGGCAUUUCCUGGUGGCCUCCCAUCCUCCUGCAUGUCCUCCAGAGUCCCCGCCUUGGAAGGUCCCAGAAGCAAACGGCCCCCCUUCCUCGCCAUUCCCUUUCUCUGAUUCCUUCUGCCCCCCCCCUUUCCAGAACCACCAGGGGGUCUGCCCCCAGGAGAGCGUCUACUGUGAAAACAAGUGUGGGGCGCGCAUGAUGCGCCGGCUGCUCUCCCCACACAUGCUGGCCGAGUGUCCGAAGCGCACCCAGCCUUGCAGCUACUGUGCCAAGGAGUUCCUCUACGACACCAUCCAGAACCACGAGUACCAGUGUCCCCGCUACCCCGUGCCCUGUCCGAAUCAGUGCGGGGCACCCAAUAUCGCCCGGGAGGACUUGAGUGGGCACGUGAAGGAGAAUUGCUCAACCGCCUUGGCCCUCUGCCCCUUCAGGGAGGCCGGCUGCAAACACCGGUGCCCCAAAGUGUCCCUGGGCCGCCACCUGGACGAGAACACCAAGCUGCACCUGGGCCUGAUGGGGGCGCUGGUGGCCCGGCAGCGCCAGGAGCUGGCCGAGCUGCGCCGCGAGGUGGAGGAGCUGGCGGUGGGCAGCGACGGGGUGCUGAUCUGGAAGAUCUCCGACUACGGCCGGAAGCUGCAGGAGGCCCGCCUGCGGAGCAACUACGAGUCCUUCAGCCCCCCCUUCUACACGCACCGCUACGGCUACCGGCUGCAGGUCUCGGUCUUCCUGAACGGCAACGGGAGCGGGGAGGGCAGCCACCUCUCGGUCUACAUCCGGGUCCUGCCCGGCCAGUACGACAACCUGCUGGAGUGGCCCUUCGCCUACCGGGUGACCUUCUCGCUGCUGGACCAGAGCGACCCCUCCCUCUCCAAGCCCCAGCACAUCACCGAGACCUUCCUGCCGGACCCCGCCUGGAAGAACUUCCAGAAGCCCGGCACGGGCCGCACCUCCCUGGACGAGAGCCUGCUGGGCUUCGGCUACCCCAAGUUCAUCUCCCACGAGGACAUCAAGAAGCGAAACUACGUCCGGGACAACGCCGUCUUCCUCAAGGCCUCGGUGGAGAUCCCGCCCAAGAUCCUCUCCUGA